CCCGCCCUCAGGUGCGCUCUGCAGAAGGCGGGGCGUGGCUUGGACACCACUAGGGACCCACGCGGGCGCGCGGGACCGAGCGGCGGGGGCGCGCUCUCGCAGUCGCGACCGCGCCCUCACACACACAUUUCCGAGCUCCGUCACUCGCGCGGUCUCCACAGACUGAGCGUGUCGGGGCCUGUCGGCUCUGCGGCUGCGGCUGCGGCCCUGAGGUAGAGACAGCUAACAAGAUUGGAACAGAUUGUCCUUGUUUUGGAGAGGAAUCAUAUCAUCGGCAUCCAUUAGUGUUCAUUUUGGAGGAUUACAAGGAGAAAAAGUGGCUUGACCAGAAAACAUGGCCACUGCAAUUAGGGAGGUGGGAGUUUGGAGACAGACCAGAACACUUCUAUUGAAGAAUUAUCUAAUUAAAUGCAGGACUAAAAAAAGUAGUGUUCAGGAAAUACUUUUUCCAUUAUUUUUUUUAUUUUGGUUAAUAUUAAUAAGCAUGAUGCAUCCAAAUAAGAAAUAUGAAGAAGUGCCUGAUAUAGAACUUAAUCCUAUGGAUAAAUCUAUCCUUUCUAAUCUAAUUCUUGGAUAUACUCCAGUGACUAAUAUUACAAGCAACAUCAUGCAGAGAGUGUCUACUGACCACCUUCCUGAUGUCAUAAUUACAGAAGAAUAUGCAAACGAAAAAGAAAUGCUAGCAUCCAGUCUUUCUAAGCCCAGCAACUUUGUAGGUGUGGUUUUCAAAGACUUCAUGUCCUAYGAACUUCGCUUUUUUCCUGAUGUGAUUCCAGUAUCUUCUAUUUAUAUGGAUUCAAGAGCUGGCUGUUCAAAAUCGUGUGAGGCUGCUCAGUAUUGGUCCUCUGGGUUCACUGUUUUACAGGCAUCCAUAGAUGCCGCUAUUAUACAGUUGAAGACCAAUGUUUCUCUUUGGAAGGAGCUGGAGUCAACUAAAGCUGUAAUCAUGGGAGAAACUGCUAUUGUAGAAAUAGUUACCUUUUCUCGAGGCAUAAUUUUAAUAUAUCUAGUUAUAGCAUUUUCACCUUUUGGAUACUUUUUGGCAAUUCAUAUUGUAGCCGAAAAAGAAAAAAAGUUAAAGGAAUUUUUAAAGAUAAUGGGACUUCAUGACACUGCCUUUUGGCUUUCCUGGGUUCUUCUGUAUAUGAGUUUGAUUUUUCUUAUGUCUCUUCUCAUGGCGGUCAUUGCAACAGCCUCUUCAUUAUUCCCUCAAAGUAGCAGCAUUGUGAUAUUUCUCCUUUUUUUCCUGUAUGGAUUAUCAUCUAUAUUUUUUGCUUUGAUGCUGACACCCCUUUUUAAAAAAUCAAAACAUGUGGGAAUAGUUGAAUUUUUUGUCACUGUGGCUUUCGGAUUUAUUGGCCUUUUGAUAGUCCUCAUGGAAAGUUUUCCAAAAUCAUUAGUGUGGCUUUUAAGUCCUUUCUGUCAGUGUACUUUUUUGAUUGGUAUUGCACAGGUCAUGCAUUUAGAAGAUUUUCAUGAAGGUGCUUUAUUUUCUAAUUUGACUGAAGGCCCAUAUCCUCUAAUUAUUACUCUUAUCAUGCUAGCACUUAAUAGUACAUUCUAUGUCCUUCUGGCUGUGUAUCUUGAUCAAGUCAUUCCAGGGGAAUUUGGCUUACGGAGAUCAUCUUUGUAUUUUCUAAAACCAUCAUAUUGGUCAAAGAGCAAAAGAAAUUAUAAGGAGUUGUCAGAGGGCAACGUUAAUGGGAAUAUUAGUUUUGGUGAAAUUGUUGAGUCUGUUUCUUCAGAAUUUAUAGGCAAAGAAGCCAUAAGAAUAAGUGGUAUUCAGAAGACAUACAGAAAGAAAAGUGAAAAUGUGGAGGCUCUGAGAAAUUUGUCCUUUGACAUCUAUGAAGGUCAGAUUACUGCACUUCUUGGCCACAGUGGAACAGGAAAGAGUACCUUGAUGAAUAUUCUCUGUGGAUUAUGCCCCCCUUCUGAUGGGUUUGCAUCUAUAUAUGGACACAGAGUCUCAGAAAUAGAUGAAAUGUUUGAAGCAAGAAAAAUGAUUGGCAUUUGUCCACAGUUAGAUAUACACUUUGAUGUUUUGACAGUUGAAGAAAAUUUAUCUAUCUUGGCUUCAAUCAAAGGAAUACCAGCCAACAAUAUAAUACAAGAAGUGCAAAAGGUUUUACUAGAUUUAGACAUGCAGCCUAUCAAAGAUAACCAAGCUAAAAAACUAAGUGGUGGCCAAAAAAGAAAAUUGUCUUUAGGAAUUGCUGUUCUUGGGAAUCCAAAGAUACUAUUGCUGGAUGAACCAACAGCUGGAAUGGACCCUUGUUCCCGUCAUAUUGUUUGGAAUCUUUUAAAAUACAGAAAAGCCAAUCGGGUGAUAGUGUUUAGUACUCACUUCAUGGAUGAAGCUGACAUUCUUGCUGAUAGRAAAGCUGUCAUAUCACAGGGAAUGCUGAAAUGUGUUGGUUCUUCAAUUUUCCUUAAAAGUAAAUGGGGGAUUGGCUACCGCCUCAGCAUGUACAUAGACAGAUAUUGUGCCACGGAGUCUCUUACUUCAUUGGUUAGACAGCAUAUCCCUGGGGCUACUUUACUACAACAGAAUGACCAACAGCUUGUGUACAGCUUGCCUUUAAAAGACAUGGACAAAUUUUCAGGUUUGUUUUCUGCUCUYGACAUUCAUUCAAAUUUGGGUGUUAUUUCUUAUGGUGUAUCCAUGACAACUUUGGAAGAUGUAUUCUUAAAGCUGGAAGUUGAAGCAGAAAUUGACCAAGCAGAUUAUAGUGUUUUUACACAGCAACCACCAGAGGAAGAAAUGGACUCAAAAUCUUUUGAUGAAAUGGAACAAAGCUUGCUUAUUCUUUCUGAAACCAAAGCUUCCCUACUGAGCACCAUGAGCCUUUGGAAACAACAAGUGUCUACAAUAGCAAAGUUUCAUUUUCUUACCUUGAAGCGUGAGAGUAAAUCACUGAGAUCAGUGUUACUUCUGCUUUUAAUUUUUUUUGCAGUUCAGCUUUUUAUGUUUUUUGUACAUCACUCUUUCAAAAAUGCUGUGGUUCCCAUCAAACUUGUUCCAGACUUAUAUUUCCUAAAACCUGGAGACAAACCUCAUAAAUAUAAAACAAGUCUGCUUCUUCAGAAUUCCACUGACUCAGAUAUCAGUGAUCUUACUAACUUUUUUGCCUACCGGAACAUAAUGGUGACGAUGUUUAAUGACAGUGACUAUGUUUCUGCUGCUCCUCAUAGUGCAGCUUUAAAUGUGGUGUAUUCAGAAAAGGACUAUGUUUUUACAGCUGUUUUCAACAGUACUAUGGUUUAUUCUCUACCUGUAUUGAUGAAUAUCAUUAGUAACUACUAUCUUUAUCAUUUAAAUGUGACUGAAACCAUCCAGAUCUGGAGUACCCCAUUCUUUCAAGAAAUUACUGACAUAGUUUUUAAAAUUGAGCUGUAUUUCCAAGCUGCUUUGCUUGGAAUCAUUGUUACUGCGAUGCCACCUUAUUUUGCCAUGGAAAAUUCAGAGAAUCAUAAGAUUUCCAUUCAUUUCCACAAAUUUUCAGAAAUCAAAGCUUAUACUCAACUUAAGCUUUCAGGGCUUUUGCCAUCUGCAUAUUGGAUUGGACAAGCUAUUGUUGAUAUUCCCUUAUUUUUUGUUAUUCUUUUUUUGAUGCUAGGAAGUUUAUUCRCAUUUCAUUAUGAAUUAUAUUUUUAUGCUGUAAAGUUCCUUGCUGUGGUGUUUUGCCUCAUUGGUUAUGUUCCAUCAGUUAUUCUGUUUACCUAUGUUGCUUCUUUCACUUAUAAGAAAAUUAUAAAUACCAAAGAAUUUUGGUCAUUUAUCUAUUCAGUGACAGCAUUAGCUUGUAUUGCAAUCACUGAAAUAACUUUCUUUAUGGGAUACACAGUUACAGCUAUUUUUCAUUAUACCUUUUGCAUAGCUGUUCCAAUCUAUCCGCUUCUAGGUUGCCUGAUAUCUUUCAUAAAGGUUUCUUGGAAGAAUUUACAAAAAAAUGAAAAUACUGACAAUCCAUGGGACAGGCUUUUAGUGGCUGUUAUAAUGCCUUAUCUGCAGUGUGUACUAUGGAUUUUCCUCUUACAGUACUAUGAAAAAAAGCAUGGAGGGAGAUCAAUAAGAAAGGAUCCCUUUUUCAGGACCCUUUCAACAAAGUUCAAAACUAGGAAGUUUCCAGAACCACCAAUUAAUGAGGAUGAAGAUGAAGAUGUCAAGGCUGAGAGACUAAAGGUCAAAGAGCUGAUGAGUUGCCAGUGUUGUGAGGAGAAACCAGCCAUUAUGGUCAGCAAUUUAUAUAAAGAAUAUGAUGACAAGAAAGAUUUUCUUCAUUCAAGAAAAGUAAAGAAAGUGGCAGCUAAAUACGUUUCUUUUUCUGUGAAAAAAGGAGAGAUCUUGGGAUUGUUGGGUCCAAAUGGUGCAGGAAAAAGUACAAUUAUUAAUAUUCUGGUUGGUGAUAUUGAACCAACUUCAGGCCAGGUAUUUCUAGGAGAUUAUACUUCAGACACAACUGAAGAUGAUGACGCCAUUAAGUAUUUGGGUUACUGUCCUCAGAUAAACCCACUGUGGCCAGAUAUUACAUUACAAGAACAUUUUGAAAUUUAUGGAGCUGUGAAAGGAAUGAGUGCAAGUGACAUGAAAGAAAUAAUAAAUCGAAUAACAAAUGCCCUUGAUUUAAAAGAACAUCUUCAAAAAACUAUAAAGAAACUACCUGCGGGAAUCAAGCGAAAGUUAUGUUUUGCUCUAAGUAUGCUGGGGAAUCCUCUCAUUACUCUGCUAGAUGAACCAUCCACAGGUAUGGAUCCUAAAGCCAAACAGCAUAUGUGGCGAGCAAUUCGAACUGCAUUUAAAAACAAAAAGUGGGCUGCAAUUCUGACCACUCAUUACAUGGAAGAGGCAGAAGCUGUCUGUGACCGAGUGGCUAUUAUGGUGUCUGGGCAGUUAAGAUGUAUUGGAACAGUACAACAUUUAAAGAGUAAAUUUGGAAAAGGCUACUUUUUGGAAAUUAAAUUAAAGGACUGGAUAGAAAAUCUAGAAAUAGACCGCCUUCACAGAGAAAUUCAGUAUAUUUUUCCAAAUGCAAGCCGCCAGGAAAGUUUUUCUUCUAUUCUGGCUUAUAAAAUUCCCAAGGAAGAUGUUCAGUCUCUUUCACAAUCUUUUUCUAAGCUGGAAGAAGCUAAACAGACUUUUGCCAUUGAGGAAUAUAGCUUUUCUCAAGCAACAUUGGAACAGGUUUUUGUAGAACUCACCAAAGAACAAGAGGAAGAAGAUAAUAGCUGUGGAACUUUAAACAGCACACUUUGGUGGGAAAGAACACAGGAAGACAGAGUAGUAUUUUAAAUCUGUAUUGCUCAGUCUGUUUGCUGAACUUAUUUGUUCUUCACUUCAUUUAACUCUGCCAUUAAAACUUUAUUAUAUGAAUGGCAACUAGAGAAAUGUGAAGGCAUUGCGAUUUCCUGCACUCCUUAAUUGAAAUGCUGUGGUUGUUGUUUUGCUUUACUUUAAAUAAAAUUAAUAUGUAAUUAAGUCAACUUGCAUGUUUGUAUCUGAAGAAUUUUGAACUGUAGUUUGUAUGCUAUAUUUCUCACUUGCAAGAAGAGAUUCUAAAGAAAUAGUGAUAGAAUAACUAUUUUGACUAGCUGUGUUUAUUUUUAAAGGUCAUACCAUCUAAUUACAUAGCUAUGUAAUGUCCCAUUCUAAAUUAAAAAAAUGAAUAUAUAACUAAUAUAUAUAUAUAUAUAUAUAUAUGGCAAUGUGAAAGCUUCUUGCUUCUCCUUUUCAGUUUCUAAAAGAAGCUUUCAGUGGAGGUUGGUAUCCAUAGAAGCUUGGGUAAACCGUAGAAAGCCUCACUGUAGAAAUGGAGGGAAGUGGUGUCUAUCCACUAGGUGGCAGUCAUCAAUCAUAAAAAAGGAAAGGAGACUUUAUUUCAACUGGCAAUUUUAGACACAGGUAAUAGAAAAAAGUUGGUAUUUAAAUUAUUAUUAUUAUUAUUAUUAUUAUUAUUAUUUGCUCUUUCAAAGGUAUUUUAGUUAUAAUUUAAGGAUGACUAUGGCUAGAGUCUAAUUAUAAUAAUCUGCUUUUUUUUUUUUUUUUAAACUCUGUGGCUAGAAUGACAGACACCCCUAGAGGUGAAAGAAUUAAUCCAUACCUUCUUCCCAACAUCUAAUGGAAGAUAUAAUUUUUUAUUGUCUUUCUUGCAAAAAGCACAUUUGCUGUUAUUUUGUGGUGCUAGGGAUUGAACCUAGGGCCUCACAUAUACUAGGCAAAUGCUAUCAUUGAUACAUCCCUCGUCCCUAAUUUUAUUCUUGGGUAUUCUUAUUUGUUGGAUAACCAUUUCUAUUGGUAAACUAUGUUUUGAACCUCUCUCUCUCUCUUCUUUACAGAGUUUUAAGUAGAACAAUGUAUAGAUGUAUGUAGUAACUCAAAAUCAGUUUGAAACAUGGUGGAAUAUAAAUAAACUCCUUUAGGGGUUAAAUUAAGGAUUAGAAGUUGAGUGUACAUAAUUCUUUCAGUAAGAACCAGAAAUUUACUCUAUUACACAGUUGAAGUAAGGUAUAGGUAAUAUGAUCUUAGAAAUACUUAUAUAACCCACAUAUGGACUAUAGAUAUUAUAGAUAUAAAAUAGUUUAAAUACUAAUAGUUGGCAUUAGAUUCCAACUACAUGUGUGAAAAUAUGAGCUUUGCAAAAACAAAUAUAUUUGGAGUGUGAUUAAUGCAUUACAGAGACUUAAAGAAAACAACAGAAAGAUUUGGUACUGAUUUACUUUAAAUAGCCAAAUCCUAUAAUGAAGUUAUUAUUAAUUCUUUAAUGUAGGUAAGAGUUGGUGAACUUCUAGCUCUUUUAUGUAAUAAGAUGUCUGUAAUUUUAGGCUCUAGCAACUGAUUUAAAAUAGUGUUCCUUUUUUAGUAUAAGGUACAUGAUUGAUACUUUCUUCUAUUGCUUUGGCAGUUGCUGUACAUAAUCCUACAAAUAUAUAUUUGACCAGCUAUCUCAGAGAUCCUCUAACUAAUCUAACUGAGCCAUCUUACAAGCUUCUGCUUAGAUUUUAUAACCCACAGCUAAGUUGUUCUUUUAAGAUUUAGUUGGUAGUAGGUUGCCUCCUGCUACCAAACUAUAGUUUUGGAUUAUUUACCUGAGAAUCUCACUUUUAUAUCUGGCUAAUGACUACACAGUGCAUAYGAUCAAGAUACAUUUGAAAGAAAAUCUUUACAUUUGUAGAUAAAAUAGCAUGUUGCAUUUUCUAAGCUAGUCAUUGCUAAAUGGUGCCAUAAAUUUAAAGAGAAACUUUCUAUUAUUUAAUACUUAURUAAGUACCCAGAGGCCUUUCUUAUGGGAUGUGAUUUUGUAACUAUGUGUAGUGUUGAACUUUUACAUUUAAUAUAAGAAACAAAAUUAUAUAUCAUUUUCUGAGGCAGUCACUGGCAUGACUAACAGAACAUUAACUACUUUUUCACAGAGUUGGUCACUUUAACUUUAUGCUUGUGACCGUGCGAUUAAUGCAAAGUAAAAUUUUUUUACUUGGCAAAUGAAAAUUGAUAUUACGCUAACCAUAGUCUUCUCUAUUAUGUUCAUUUACUAUUAUGGUAUAUGAAAAACUUCUCCCAAGACAUUAGAAUUAAUUUUAUUACUAUUAUUAUWUUUUUUAGUUUUUAUGUAGUCAGAGGGAAUAUAUAUCUYGGUCAAAAUUAAAUUAUUUGUAGCAAUGUGUUUUUCCUUUGUUCAUAGUAACAAUCUCUGAUGCAGUAGAUAUUUAACUAAGCUAAUUAUUUGGAAAGAAAGGAUAAGUGAGCUGGGAAAAAAAGGAGAGUCAAGUAACAAGUGUACAAAUCAUAGUUUUGUCCAUGUAUGUAUUUUUAAAUGUCUUUAACUGAUUUCAAAACUUUUUUGCAUCAAUACAAGUAAGUCAAUAAAUACAUUUGUUAAGUAGAAGAUGGAAAAAAUAGUAUAACCUGCCUAUUUUCCAUCCAUGAUCAGCUUCUAAAAGUGGAGGAAAGGCUGAGCUUUACAGAGUGGUCACUGAGAAGGCAGACCUCUGCCUGGAGCCCUAAGGAGCCCAGCACUUAGUAGCAAAGAGAAGCACUAUGAAUAUAAUUUGCCUUUCACUUUGCAGGCUUUUUAUUUAUUUCUUUMCAGCUCAUUUUUA